AUGGGCGCCGAGGGGGCGGGGCCGGCGACCGCCGCGGCUUCCAAGAUGGCGGCGGAUGCGUGAGCGCGGCGGUCAGUCCGUCGGUGAGGCCGCCGGGGCGCAGGGCCGGGCGGGAGGCGGCCCCGCCGGCCGCCGCCAUGAAAGGCAAGGAGCGCUCCCCGGCCAAAGCCAAGCGGUCGCGGGGCGGAGGGGGCGGCGAGGACUCGGCCUCCUCCUCCUCCUCGGCGCGCGGCGAGCGGAGCAGCAAGAAGCCGAGCGGUUCCGGCGGCGGUUCCAACGGCGGCAAAGCGGCGGCGACGGCGGCGGCGGCUUCCAACGACAGCAACAGCGGCAGCAGCCGGCGCGGCCCGCACACGGACAAGGCCGCCCGCGCCGGCAGCCGGGAGUACGAGAGCGGGGCGGCGGCGGCGGCGGCGGCGGGCGGCGGGGGCGGGCGGCACAGCUACGGCGGUAAAAGCGCGGAGCCGUCGCGGAGCGGCAGCAGCCGCGGCGCUGAGUCCAGAGCGGCGGUUGCGGCCCAGUCGUCCUCCUCGUCCGAGACGGGCGGCGGCGGCGGGGAGUACAAGACGCUGAAGAUCAGCGAGCUGGGCUCUGCUUUGAGCGACGAGGCGGUGGAGGACGGGCUGUUCCACGAGUUCAAGCGUUUCGGCGACGUGAGCGUUAAAAUCAGCCGCCUCCCGCCCGGCACCGGCGCUGCUGAUGAACGCGUGGCUUUCGUCAACUUCCGCCGGCCCGAGGAUGCCCGAGCCGCCAAACACGCCCGCGGCCGCCUCGUGCUGUACGACCGCCCGCUGAAAAUCGAGGCCGUCUACGUGGGGAGCGGCGGCGGGAGCAGCCGGAGGCGGAGCAGCCGGUCGCCGGCGCUGCUGGAUAAGGAAUCUCCCUAUGGAACGACUGCCGUGGGGUUGGCGGCGGCGGCGGCGGCUGUACGGCAUCCUGCAGCCGGGGCGACGCAGCGGGCUUUGUCCCCCGCCGGCAGCGGUGGGGCUUUGGGUUAUCGGGACUACAGGCUGCAGCAGCUCGCCUUGGGCCGCCUGCCGCCUCCGCCCCCUCUGCCCAGGGAGUUGGAGAGGGAGAGGGACUAUGGGGGUUUUUAUGAAGCGCGAGUGCGGCCGGCCUACGGGCUGGAACGGGUGGCCAGUGUGGCGGCUGCUGGGGGAUUCCGUGGAGGAGGAGGUGGUGCUGGAGCUGCUGGCGAGGAGGAGAUCAGCCCCGAGGAUGACCAGAGAGCCAACCGCACGUUGUUCCUGGGCAACCUGGACAUCACCGUGAGCGAGACAGAUUUACGCCGAGCUUUUGACCGUUUUGGGGUCAUUACUGAGGUGGACAUCAAAAGGCCGGGGCGCGGGCAGACCAGCACUUAUGGUUUUCUUAAAUUUGAAAAUCUGGACAUGGCGCACCGGGCCAAGCUGGCCAUGUCAGGAAAGGUGCUCUUGCGCAACCCUAUCAAGAUCGGGUAUGGUAAAGCCACUCCAACCACCAGGCUCUGGGUGGGUGGUCUCGGGCCCUGGGUGCCCCUUGCCGCCCUGGCCAGGGAAUUUGAUCGUUUUGGCACCAUUCGUACCAUUGAUUACCGCAAAGGUGAUUCGUGGGCCUACAUCCAGUACGAGAGCUUGGACGCGGCGCAGGCGGCGUGCACCCACAUGCGUGGCUUUCCCUUGGGUGGGCCGGACCGCCGCCUCCGCGUAGACUUUGCGGAUACCGAGCAUCGGUACCAGCAGCCCUACCUGCAGCCCUUGCCUUUGCCACCUCCUGCUCAUUACGAGCUCGUGGCAGAGGCGGCUGCUUUUGGGGCUCACCGGGGAGCCCCGCCCGAUCCGCUUCGGGGGGCCCGGGACAGGACGCCACCGUUACUCUAUAGAGACCGUGACAGAGACCUUUAUCCCGAGACAGAGUGGGUGCCACCCCCACCCCCUGUACGGGACAGGAGUAACCGAGCAGCUGCCUACGACCCGUUGGAAAGCCUAGAACGCCGUCGGGAUGGUUGGUCCUUGGAGCGGGACCGAGGGGAGCGGGAGUUGGGCAGUAGUAGGGAUCAGCCUAGGAAAAGGAGGCUGGCCGAGGACGGAGGCCGGCACUUGGACCGCUCUCCGGACAGCGAGCGCUCCUCUUCCUCUCGGAAGCGUCACUGCUUGACCACGACCACACCGCCAGACCGCAGCCCCGAGCUCGUCGGAGGGAGGGAGCGUUACAGCAGCGACCCGGAGCGCUCAUCGUCCCGCUUGCUCCUCUUGGAGCGGCCCUCUCCCAUCCGGGAGUCACGGAGGGGCAGCUUGGAGAGGAGUCAGAAUGAAAAGCGUGACCGAAAGAAUUCCGCUGAAAGGGAGCGGAAACAUCGCACUUCUGCAGCAGCUGCUGCACAGGAGUGCAAAAGCCCGGCCAAAAAGGAUGAACGUGCUGCGGAGGGAGGCGGUGGAGGCUCUCGCCUCAAACCUCCACCUCAGAAACAGCAGCAGGACGGAGCGUCGCAGGCUGGGGGAGCCCCCAAGCUGUGCUUGGCGUGGCAAGGGAUGCUUCUGCUGAAGAACAGCAAUUUCCCGUCCAAUAUGCAUCUGCUUCAGGGGGACCUCGGAGUUGCCAGCAGUCUCCUUGUGGAGGGAGCGACUGGUGGGAAAGUAGCUCAGCUCAAGAUCACCCAACGUCUUCGUCUGGACCAGCCCAAGCUGGAUGAGGUGAACCGCCGCAUCAAGGUGGCUGGUCCCAAUGGCUAUGCCAUCCUUUUGGCCGUGCCUGGCACAUCAGACAACCGCUCCGCAGCCGGGGCUGGCGAGGCCACCACCUCCACCCAGAGGCCGCUCAGGAAUCUGGUCUCUUAUCUAAAGCAAAAGCAGGCUGCUGGGGUGAUCAGCCUCCCUGUGGGGGGCAACAAAGACAAGGAGAACAGCGGGGUCCUGCACGCCUUUCCACCCUGCGACUUCUCCCAGCAGUUCCUGGACUCCACGGCCAAGGCGCUGGCCAAAUCAGAGGACGACUAUCUGGUCAUGAUCAUCGUCCGUGGGGCAUCCUAAGGCCCUCGUGUGCUCUGUACCCAACCCUGCCUACUCCUCCACACAGCCCCUCCAGCGUGUGCCAGGUGCUAUGGGAUACAGCCUUAGCCAGCCCUGUCGUUAUUUUAAAUUAGAUCUUUGUUUGUAGGUGACUUUCCUUGCCCAUGUUUUUUUUUUUUUUUUUUUUUUUUUUUCUGUUACUGCAUUUUUCUAUAAAGUUAGAAAGCCAGAAAGGUUGGUUAGCCAUUAGCGUGAGUAGGAUGUUUGGAGAAUCCCUUAUCCGUGGGGAUAGCAGGGAGGCUCGGCCUGCUUUGAUUUAUGAAAAAAAGAAAAAAAAAAAA